AUUCUCCUCACACGCUAUCGGUCCUUCGAUACCACUAUCGUAAGCUCUGCACCGUCCAUUUACAUCCAAAAAGUAUAAAAAGUCUGUUUCGUUCUUCAAAUAGUCAUUCCGGCGAUUGUCGUCAACUAGCAAGCUUAUCUCUACUUCAGGAGCACAACAGCAUCAACUUCAUUCAAGAUGAAGGCUUAUAUCUGCUUGGUCGUUCUGGUGUGCCUGGGCUCUGUCCUCGCGGCCGAAACUAACGAAGCCGACGAGUUUGGUGUCAAACAAUAUUUUUUCUGUGACAUCAAUAAUCAAUGGCCGUACCAGUGCCCUCCCGGCUCGAUCUGUGUGCCAGCACCCACUCCCACGGGGGGCAAGUGCGCGGCUUUUAAGAAGAGAAUGGCAAAUGUUGAAGCCGACGAGUUUGGUGUCAAACAAGAUCUCUGUGACAUCAAUAAUCAAUUGCCGUACCAGUGCCCUCCCGGCUGGCUCUGUGUGCCAGCACCCACUCCCACGGGGGGCGAGUGCAUACGUUUUAAGAAGAGAAUGGCAAAUGUUGAAGUUGACAAGUAGGGGGCUGCUCAAGCAGAGAAGUUUCCAGGAUUAUUUUCCUCUUUUUGAAGCUAUUAUUCCCUUUAACGGAUGCAGCUAAGUUGAACGACCCUUAUUUAGCACUGAAGUAAUGACACGUUUUAGUGGACAUUGAAAUGAACGAAAAAGCCAACGUAAAAGUGGAAUAUCUUCUGCAUGCAUUCCACCCAUCGGACCAGUCGAGUACGUUUUCGUGGACAUUCGACCUUAAUUCAAUCAAGAUUGCUGUAAUUUUCAGUGUAAAAUCUAGCGUUAAUACCGUUUUUUCAUACAAACGGACACACUGACCAAGAAUAAAAUAAUUUCGCCCCCUCUCUUUCCUUUCAACCGACGAGGUUGCUGUGAAGCAAUAUCAAAUAUCCAGUUCUUAAAGCUGUAUUCCCCGAGCUAAUUCGUGUUUCACCCCGAAAGUAGAUUUUUUAUUUCAAUUGCCAUUUUCCCUCGAGUAUAAAACAAAGACAUACUGAAAUCAACUGACGUUUACUUUAUUGAAUUAUUGCUUUAACAAA